AUGGAAGUGCGUCAUCAUGGGAAGACGUCCACUUUAUCGGAAGUGUGUCAUCAGGGAGAGGCAUGUGGUUUACCGCACACCAUUUACCGGCAAAUAAGAACAGAUGAGGAAGGGAAAUACAGAGGUAAUCUGCCGACGGAUCCAAUCAAAGCAAAAUAUGAGAGAACGCCCACCACACCUCCAAUGGAUUUCCAGAAUCCACCUUAUUUAAG